UGAAUUUGAUGUUAAAUGGGCAAAACCUGCACAACAAUUAAAGGCUGGAAGAACAAAAAUAAUUUAAAAAUAAUUUAUUGUCUUUACAGAUUUUACCAAAAGAUUCUUCAAAUAUUAACCAAUUAGAAGAUAUUUUUUUUAUGGAGGAUCCAGCAAAUGUUUAUUCUCCAACAGAAUUAAUAUCAAAACAAACAACAGAAACAAAAUCUUUUAUUCAACAAAAACCUCCUCUUCCGCCGCCUUCAACAAUUUUAUAUAGACAAAGAACAAAUCCUUUUCUGGUUGAAGCUGUUGCUGUUAAUGAAGAAGAAUUAUUACAUUCUGGAGAAGAAGAUGGGGAACAAGAGGAGGAGGAAGAUGAAGGGGAGGAGGUUAUUGUUAGACAGGAGCGUUUGGAAUCUGAUGAUCGAGAGACAAAUUCAAAUAGAACAGAUUUUUCUUCGUCUCAAUUUGAUCAUCAAAUUUAUUUUGCCCACCGUCCAGGUCCUGUUUAUACAAUUACUGAAAGUCCUGCCGAGGCAGAAGGUCCGGGUGAUCGUGAAGGAAUAUAUCAUGCAGAGAGGAUAGAAAGGAAGCCUUUACAUUCUGAUGUUUUGCCAACUUUAAUUUCGCCUGAAAUGGCAGCUGACAGUGCCAGAAGGCGUUCUCGUUCAAAAUCCAAAUCUUCAGAACAACAAAUACCAAUAAUAACUCCAAUCCGAACUGCCCCACAACCCCCAUCAACUACACAAAAUGAAAUAAAAGAUUUCGAAAAGGAAAAUAUUCCUUCUUCUGUUCCCCAUUUAAUUGAAAAUAAAGAUCAGUCUGAAUUAAAUAAUAAUUUAAUUGAAGAAAUAAAAUUGGUAGAGACUAGUGAAAAUGUUGAAUUAGUAGAGGAUAAUGCUCCUCCUCAAUCACCUAGGCUUAAACGUUCACCAGCAAUGAAUUUAACAACUUUCACUAGUGACACUACUUCUGCUACAACUUUCUCUAUGCCCUCCUCUUCUUCUGUUGAAGAUAAAAGGAUUGUGACGGAUGAUGCAAGUGUCCAACCUCUUAGCACUACAAUCACCACUGCCAUUUAUUCAAAACCAGAACUACCACCAACAACAACUGGUAUUACUUCAACAACUUCAAUUUCAAAUAAUUUUACUGCUCAACAAUUCCAAUAUCCACCUUUACCGGUUGUUUGUGCUGAGAUGGGCCGUCGAAGAUUACCUUCAUUGCCAUCUUCGGCUGUCCAACAACAAAUUCUUCAACAAAAUUAUUUUCAAGGCCUUACAUUUGCUUCAACCUCUGCACAACAAAGACAACAACCAAUUAUCCCAAGUCUUUCUUAUCAAGCGCCUCAAACAUCAUCCUCUGCCAUUUUCGAUGGAAUAUCCCAAGACAAUUUAAAUCUUAUUAACCGUCGUCAUUCUUCUUUCAUAACAACACCUAGCACAUCCACACCUCAUCCAAUAACCUACUAUACUUCUUAUGCGCCCGAAAAGUGCGAUGCAGCUGUUGGUACAAAUGGCCAAGAACCUGAUUAUUUUUCGGAAAUUCAACAAAAGAAAGACGAAACACUUCUCAUUGAUCUUCAACAAAAUCAACAAACUUUAUUAAAUAAAUCCGCACAAAUUUAUGGAAGAAGUUAUCCAGGAAGUACUUUGGACCAUUUAUCGUUAACAGCUUCAAUCAUUCCUGGAGCCACUUUUCGAUCUCAAGACGAAGUAUCUCCAAAAUUUCAAAAGAAACAAUCGAGUUAUUCAAGAUCAUUAGGCUCUUUGUUAAUGCAACCUCUAAAUAUUCCUACAUCUUCUGCAUCAACAUCUCCUUCAUCUUCCAUUCUUAAAUCUGUUAAACCUUUACUAUCCUCUUCACUUUCAUCAUCUCCCUGGAAAAAUACUGCAACAACGACAAAGGUUGCUCAAAAACAACAAAAAACUAUUAUCAACAAUGCUGAACAACGAGCCACCCAAGAAACAAUUUGCCAAUUAAUGUUUAAAAAAGAAUUGAGAGAAGCAUUGACGAAAAGACGCGAAGAAUUAGAUACUUGUGAGAUUGAAGCUCGCCAUAGACAAUACCUUAUUGACCGUUGGUUGCGAAAUGGUGGUGAUUUGUUACUUUCUUCUACUGGUGCAUCUUCAUUGCCUAUUCGUCCAUCUGAACUAGAUUCAAUACCAAACGUUGUAAAAUGUUCUCUACCUAAAGAUUUAAUUGCUGGUGCUAGAGUUGUUCCUUCAACAUUAAAAACACAUCAAAAAACUGCCAUUCCUCAUUAUGGUUUACCUUCAACAUCAGAACAACAUCAAAGGAUAGGUAUUGCUCAUUCAGUUGCAUGCCAAGCUAAUGUUGAGGACUCACCUUCACUUCCAAUUUUUUCAACUACUACAUUACCUAAUCAAACUCAUAAGAAAUUUCUUCCAAAAGAUUAUGGAUCAAAUACAAAACGAGAAGAAAUUAAUAAAAGAUUACAACAACAAAUGAUAAAAAGACCAAUUGAUGCCAGAGAUGCUUGUACCCAGACCGCUCUCUGUGCCGAAACCCAAACAGAUCCAUCUGUAGAAAUUGAUGAUGCUGUUAAUGGCUUAUCUGGACAGGAACGGAUGUGGACAUCUGAGGAAAAACUUCGCCGGGUCUGGCCUCCACCCUACUCUGGUGCCCAUAAACUACAACAACCAAUGUCAGAUGAUCCCUCAUCUCGGCGUUACUUAUCUUCCACAAGUAUUGACUUGUCUCAACAACGUUCUCACCCUUAUCAUCCUUGGCAACGAUAUAGAGAAAAUAAUAGGCUUGGCCGUUUCCAUCUGACAGAUUCCGACACCCAAAGCGAAAGAGGUCGGAAAGAACGUUGUGUACGUGCUGAGUUAGAACAACGAAGAAAACAAUACUUCAAUUCGCUAGGCGAUCUACGUUACAACGAUUUAACGACAACCAAACAAAGAUACUGGCCUCAAUAUCAACAAGAAUUUAUACCUAAAUUUCCUUCGCACCCGGCUUCUCAGCCUUUUCCUCAACAACAAUUCCAACCUUCGUUUAACAGCACCAACUCUUUGCCUAGAGGCUGGCCAGAAAAUGGAGGUCUUUUAUCAAUGCCUUCUUAUCAGCGUCCCCUUCAUGAUCGUUCUCGAUACACUUAUGGUUCAUUACCGAGAGAUUAUGAGCGACGAUUGACUUCCUCAUUUGCUCCAAAAGAACAACAACAAUUGCAAAAACAAUAUUUACUACAACAACAACAACCGUCUUCAGUUUAUGGUUCCUAUUCUCUUCAAGAUCUUGAUAGUUCCAAUAAUUAUCCUGGAGAGUUUUCUGACAGUUUUGGAAGAGAACAACUUUACGGCCAACGACCUGAUAGUCAAUUUGAUGCUAUGCAAAAUAUUGGAAGACAACAAAGACCUCCCUAUUGGCAACCAAGUCGUUCACUAAACCAAUUGAAUCACUCGUUUGUUGAUGAUUUUCAAAUGAGCGGUUUUCAAAGACCUCCAAAAAAACAAACAGAUUUUCUUGAUAUUCAACCAUCUACCAGUCAAUUUAUUGAUGGAAACUUUUCACAUAUUCGAAAAUCUCCAGCUCCAAACGAAUUAUUAUCAGAAUAUGCCAACUUUUUGAAUAAUCGUUUCAUUGAACAGCAACGACAACAGAGAAUAGCUGAUGAGAGGGAAAGAGAACGACAACAACCUUUACAACGACCUUUUGGUGGCCAAGAUUAUGCUGGAAUUCCCGGAUAUAGAGACAACCUACCUCCAUAUAAUGACUAUUUUGAUGUUCAACGACAAAUGCAAUACUUCCCUGAUACUCAACAACAAUAUCAUCAACGUAAACCAAAUUUAUGGCAAAUCCCUUCAGGAUUUGCAUAUGAUGAUCAACAACAACAACCUUUUGUUUAUAGCAGAAAUGAGACUAAUUAUGGAGCAAGGCCUCCACCUACACCAGAAUAUGGAAAUUUUGGUUGGCGAGAACAACCUUUUUCUUAUCGCCAACCUUAUGGAGUAGAUAAUAGUUACUAUAGUGGAUACCCUUCACAUCAACAAGUACUGCAACCACAACAACAGCAGCAACAGUUUAGCACAAAUUGGCUGAAUAAUGAUUUAAUGUCAAACAGAAUAAUGCCGCCAAAUUAUAGAAUCCCACAAACUCAACAAUAUACCCAACAACAAUUUCCAUCUUCUUCACUUUCACAACCUUUUAAUAAACACCAUCAACAACAUCAAAGUCGUAGUUUACCUCCAAGUAUUUUAAGAAAAAGGCAACCUCCUUUGCGCAGUGCUGAUGAAAGUUGGCCAAAUGAAUUAUCAAAUGAAUGGCCACAAAAUAUUAGGGAAAUUAAUAAAAUGACAACAGAAAAAAAUAUUUUCCCUACAAAUAAAAAUAACAACAAUUAUUCUACACAAAAAAUAACAAAACGUUCAUCAAAAAUUAAACGUUUAUUAUUAACUAGAAAAUAUAAAUAUGAUAAUGUUUUUAAAGAUUUGGGUAUUCGAGUCGUUGGGGGGAAAAGAAUGCCAAAUGGUGAUUUGGGUGCUUUUAUUAGUUCUGUUGACAAAAGUUGUGCUCAAGAAAUGUUAGGGGAAUUAGUUGAAGGAGAUCAAGUUCUUGAAUGGAAUGGUGUUUUAUUAAGUGGAAAGACUUAUGAAGAAGUUGAAAGAAUUAUUCAGGCGGGAACUGGAGAAAUUGAAAUGAUUGUCUCUUGUAAAAAUGGGCAAAAAAGGAUUAAUAAUUGUGAUGAUUAUUUAAAUGGAUGUGAAGAGAAGAAGGGAAGUGGGGGAAAAAUAGGGAGAGAUGUUAAAAUUGCUUUUGCUAAUUCUCGACUUAAAAAUAAACAAGAAUUUGAUUCUUCAUGUUGGCAUUCUCCCAAUGAACCCCCACCCGUUCCUGCACACCAAAGCAGCAAUAGCAUUAGUGAUGAGGAGGAGAAUGAAAGGAAAUCUAGUUUACCACAACAAAAUUUAAAUAAUAAAGAAUAUUCGAUUAAUGAUUUAAAAGAAUAUCCAUUUAAUACUAAUGGAAAAAGUGCCAGAUUAAAUGGUUCUCACGGUUAUUUACAAUUAGCACUUGCAUAUACUCCCCAAGAAGAAUUACUUCAAGUUUAUGUUUUGGCAGCUAGAGCUUUGCCUUGUAGAGAAGGGGGAAUACCUCCAAAUGCUUAUGUUAAAAUAUAUUUACUUCCAGGCAGAAAAGUUUCAAAUAAACGCCGAACAAAAUAUCAACCAAAAAAUUCAAAUCCAAUUUGGGAUCAAUUAUUAGAAUAUUCAAUUAGUGUAGACAGACUUGCUAGUCAUUUCCUAGAGUUUACCGUUUAUAAUUAUGAUAGGGAUAGAAGAAGCGAAAAUCAGCCUUUAGGUCAAUGUUUGGUUAGUCUUGGAGAUACUUCAAUUGUUUUUAGCGGAACUCCCCGCUGGUUUGCACUUCAACCCCCUUCAUUUUCUUAUUCUUCGAUAGAAAUGACAGAUUUUGAUUUAAAUCACCAACAAUAUGAGAGAUUUUUAGAUUAUAAUCCAAUUGCUUUAGAUAUGUUAGAUGGAUAUCCAGCAAUUGCUUAG